CCCCCCUCCUGAGCGCUGAGCCCACAUCGCCAUGGCGGCGGGUGUAGCGGCUUGGCUUCCCUUCGCCCGGGCGGCAGCCAUCGGCUGGAUGCCCGUGGCGAACUGCCCGAUGCCCAUCGCGCCCAGGGGGCAGAGCAAGAGGCAGGACGAGCUGAUCGUCCUGAACGUCAGCGGCCGGCGCUUCCAGACCUGGCGGAACACGCUGGACCGCUACCCCGACACCCUGCUGGGCAGCUCCGAGAAGGAGUUCUUCUACAACGAGGAGACCAAGGAGUACUUCUUCGACCGCGACCCGGACUCCUUCCGCAGCGUGCUCAACUUCUACCGGACCGGCAAGCUGCACUACCCGCGCUACGAGUGCAUCUCGGCCUACGACGAGGAGCUGGCCUUCUUCGGCAUCAUCCCGGAGAUCAUCGGCGACUGCUGCUACGAAGAGUACAAGGACCGCAAGCGGGAGAACGCCGAGCGGCUGAUGGACGACCAGGAGGACAACAAGGACAGCAAGCCGCCCAACAUGACCUUCCGAGAGACCAUGUGGCGGGCCUUCGAGAACCCGCACACCAGCACCAUGGCGCUGGUCUUCUACUACGUCACCGGCUUCUUCAUCGCCAUCUCUGUCAUCACCAACGUGGUGGAGACGGUGCCGUGCGGCGCCACGCCCAACCAGAAGGACAUGCCGUGCGGGGAGCGCUACACGGUGGCCUUCUUCUGCAUGGACACGGCCUGCGUGAUGAUCUUCACCGUGGAGUACCUGAUGCGCCUGUUCGCCGCGCCCAGCCGCUACCGCUUCAUGCGCAGCGUCAUGAGCAUCAUCGACGUGGUGGCCAUCCUGCCCUACUACAUCGGCCUGGUCAUGACCAACAACGAGGACGUGAGCGGCGCCUUCGUCACCCUGCGGGUCUUCCGCGUCUUCCGCAUCUUCAAGUUCUCCCGCCACUCGCAGGGCCUGCGGAUCCUGGGCUACACGCUGAAGAGCUGCGCCUCGGAGCUGGGCUUCCUGCUCUUCUCCCUCACCAUGGCCAUCAUCAUCUUCGCCACCGUCAUGUUCUACGCCGAGAAGGGCUCCAGCUCCAGCAAGUUCACCAGCAUCCCGGCCUCCUUCUGGUACACCAUCGUAACCAUGACUACCUUAGGUUACGGGGAUAUGGUGCCUAAGACGAUCGCGGGGAAGAUCUUCGGCUCCAUCUGCUCUCUGAGCGGGGUGUUGGUAAUAGCCCUGCCCGUUCCAGUCAUCGUGUCCAACUUUAGCCGCAUCUAUCACCAGAACCAGAGAGCCGACAAGCGCCGGGCACAGAAGGUACAGAAAGCCAGACUGGCCAGGAUACGAAUCACCAAGGCCGGCAGCGCCAACGCUUUCCUGCACAGCAAGCGCAACGGGCUGCUAAACGAGCUAGCAGAGCUAACGGUAAGCACACAAAAGCUAAACGAGCUAGCAGAGCUAACGGGCACAGAUGGUGAUGAUCAUCAGGCGAAUAAGAGCGUAUCUUUACUGGAGAGCCAACACCACCACCUACUGCACUGCCUGGAGAAAACCACGGCUCACGAGUUUGUGGACGAGCAGAUGUACGAGCAGAACUGCCUGGAGGGGGCGCUGCAGAACUACAACUCCCACAGUCCCUCGGCCUCCAGUCGGAGCGGGAGUCUGGGCACCUGCUGCUCGCACCGUGGGAAACGGAGCACCCACCUGCCCAACUCCAGCGCCCCCCCGCCCCACCUGCGCAGCCUACAGGAGCUCAGCGCCAUCAACUUCCAGUGCGGGGGCCAGCCAAUCCGCAGUACCAGCCGCUCCAGUCUCAACAUGAAGCCGGACAACGGAGCCCGACUGAACUGCAAGGGCGGGCAGAUCACCACGGCGAUAAUCAGCAUCCCCACCCCCCCCGCCCUCACCCCGGAGGACGACGGCCAGGGCCCCCCCAGCCCCGGCGGCCCCCGCCGCCCCACCCCCUGCCCCAACGUGGUCAAGGUCUCCGCCCUGUGAGGGAGGGCGUGGCGGGCGUGGCAGCGAGCGUUCUUCAGCCGGGGGCGCAGUGACCCUCGGAGAACAGCAGGGGGAGCUGUGGGGAGACCAGAUGGCUGCAGCCGUGUCGGAGAGACCCGUCGUCUCUCCUGGGGGGAGAGAGAGAGAGAGAGAGAGGAGGGAGUGACUCCUUCCCUGUGGUGAGGGAAGUGGGAGUUUCAGAAAUGGCAGGGGUUGGGGGGGGGGGGGGGGAAGGAGGAGGAGCUCCAAACGAGUGCUUUCAGGAGGCAAGAGUGAAUUUUAACCGUCCAGUUACAUUUCACUAUAAACUGAGCUCACAGGAAACUUACAGUACAUGCUACUGUGUGUCAAGUAACUUUUAGAAGUUUAUUUCAGUCUGUUAGGAGUUCCAACAGCUACAUAAACUAAACUAAAAGAACUAAUGGCGUACUUUUACGUGACUUGUUAUUUACCUUUCGAAGCAAAAGCAGGUAGGUGAUGCUGCGGGCGUGUAGCUCCUGUUCCAGACGCCAUUUGUUUUGUGUCGUGUAUAUGAUCGGCCUAUUUACCUUGAUAGACAAAAGAAAAGAAAAAAAAAACAUAAUUUGUCAAAAUAUUUAUGUGUAUUAAUUUAUUUUGCUCAAGUUUUAAAACAUUUUAGGGAAGGUAUGCAUGUGAGCCAAGGAGAAAUUGUGAGAUCUAUGUACCGUAUGUUUGUGUGAAUGAGAACGACAGUUUGUUUUUUAGAUAGUUUGUUUUCAGGUGUUUUUCAGGUGUAGUCAGAAGGUAUGUAGGUACAAACUUGCUGCCACUGGCAGUGGGCUCCUGAACUAUAUUUUUGUCAAAAAAUCUCAACAUAAAAACCUGUAAUUAAGCAGAAAUUGUGCCCCACCUUCUCACCAACGCCUGUCUGAUCUGCUGCGGGACUUCUCCACUCAUCUUCUCCUUGUACAGUAAGAAGUUGGUUUCAGGUGUACAGGUGCGCCAGUAUUUCUGAAAACUGAAAAACUGAACCGUGAACAGAACACCUGAGGCCUUCGCCAAGUUCAAGACGUAGACCUGACUUAUUCGGGAGUAAAGAAUUCAGAAAUAUUUUGUUUGGGAGUAAAGAAUUCAUAAAUAUUUUGUAAUAUUGGCGAUCUACUAUUGGCAGAAUACUUCACUUUACUCUCUCUCUCAUGUAGCUGUACGCUGCCCUCUUGUCUUAACGCCUUCAGUAAUUGUUCUUUCUCUGUCCCCGUUUUCAGAGUUGUGUGUUUUAAUUGUUGGUUUUGUGCUACGUGUGAUUAUUAGGUUUGUGGACUUACCCUCUUCCCUGGCAAGCUGAUCUCAGUUCACUUGUACUCUGAAGUACUUUGUCUGAGUUUCAGUGGCAAUUUUGAACCCAUCAAGUUCUCUGCUACCCCCCCUCCGACCCCCCCGACCCCCCAUCACCCACCACACCACACCCACACCCCAGCCCCAGCCUGUCAAGAUGAAGCAAAGUCGUGUUUUGGAGAAAAAUAUGACGGCCAAGUCAUUGGCCUCCAAUUCCUUUUUUUCCACGUCUUACGGCAGUUGUUAUAUGGGUCAGGCCCCUCUUUGGUCACUGGACAUUUUUAAAGCUCCCCUGACAACUUUGGUUCCACUUGGAUGCCAUUUUCUUUUUUUUGGUCUCUAAUGGACUUUUUUUUCCAUCCACUCCACUCCCCCCCCCACUUUGAGAAUCCCUGUCUCAGAGUAAAUAAGUUCCUGUGCAUAAUUCAGACAUCACUGUUGUCAUGCAAAUUGAUCUAUUAUUUUUACUUUAUUCAUUUUUUUUUAACAAAUAUUGGAAAUUCUCACCCAGCUUUAUUCACUGUAAAUUCCUCAUAAUUCAACAUAUAACAAUCCUGUAACUCAACAUCAUGCAAACCCCAUGUGAGGAAACCAAAAUGGAAAAUCAAAAAACAUUUAACAUUAACAAAUAACUCAAAUUAAUGAGUGACAUCCAAUUACAGUGCACAUGAAAUUGGAAAACACAGUGGAGCCUUGGAUCACAGAUACUACCUAUACAGUCGAACUGUACUAAUGUAAUAAAGUGGGCGUGGUGGAAUGCUUGUGGACCUGUCAAUCACACUGAUUUCUCAAGCACACGCACAGCGGUGGUAUUACUGUAUAAACUAGAGGACCAGCGAUAUUACAGGUGUGGACAACAACACACAUCAGACGUCAUUUUACUGCCCUGCAUUAGCAAAGCCCCGACUCUGGUUCCUGGUGGCAGUUCCAUAAUGGGAAACCAGUGACUGCAGUGAAUGAGCCAUUGAGAUAAAGGCCACUGAGCUGAAGGUAGCCCUGAGUGACCCGCUUUGCAGCCCGAGGUAACUGUGUACGCUCUGGUGCAUUUAGCUUGGCAACUUAGCUUGCAAAAGAAGGCAGGAAGGAGGCGGGGCAUGUAAAUUAACCUGCCUGCCAGGCUCGGCCAAUCACAGCCCCAGGAUCCAGGAUCAGCCAAUGAGAGGGGCAGGCUGGCCCACUCUGAUCCCCGCUCACACACGCAUUUCCCCCCCCCUCCCCCCCUUUUUUCUCUUUGUAAAUUAAAGUCACGCUCAGCACAUCUUGCUUUGUCAGUUUGGGAUGGCAGAGACAGGCGUGGGGUGUGGCCUAUCACCACUGCGGGGGGACAAGCCGGACUCACACAGACAGGAGCUAGAGGAAGACACUGUGUGCAGCUCGGAAGGCAAACCACAAGUGCUCCACUGGGGAGGGGUGCGUCUCCUUUGGAAUUCUCCAGAACAUUCCUUUAUCCCACAGCACAGUGAGAGUCCGUGCACCUGUAGCCGCCUCCCCGUACACCUGGGAGAGGCUUUGGGGUCCUGCCCACCUGUGCAUCGCGUCGAGCAUCUCCGCUGGGGAGCAGGUCCGCGGUGCGGGACUCAGAGCACGGGCACGGGUCACCAGAGGAGCACCGUCACCUGUCCCACGGCCAAAACGCAGGUGUGUGCGUGCCGAGCCAGCGAUGGGGCCUGCUCUCAGCACACCGGCCCUUCCCCGUCUUCAAACAGAGUCCCAUCGAAACGAAGCAGAUCUCACUGGCGUGACCUCAUCGCAGAGCACUGAGCGGUGUUAUUCAUGACAGUUGCCAUGGUCACCGCAGCACGGGUUUGCCAUCCCAAAAGAGGGAGAGGAUGACAGGGGGCUCGUCCACCAGUGUGAAUUACUCGUGUUGUUUUUAUACGGGAAAGGUGGAGGAAGGUCUGUUGCCUGUGCGUCCCUGUUUUCCUUCCCCUCCCCCGGCCCUUCCUCCCCCCCGAGCCCUUCCCUUUGAGCUCUGGCUGUUCGCUGUGUGUGCUCUGUCAGGUGUCCUGUAUCAGUUUUGACUUUGUCUUGUGUCUCACUGACCGUGAAGAGACUGAAAUCUGCAUCUGCCAAAUACAGCCUCGUGGAAUUUAUUCUUCCAACAA